CAGUUGACGUUUGCAUGUAAAUAAAAUAUAUUUGAGGUUAUUACAAAUUGAAAAUCUAUAUUUUUCACACAUUAUUCCAUUUGUUUCGCAUUAUUGAUCAUUUAAUUUUAUAUCGAGGUUUUACAUUAUGCCACCGAGCAUACCUGAUAGGUGGAUUCCAUACAAACCAUGUGGGAACGUAAUCAACGGUACUAGAAUAAUAUGCUUCAAAGUCCCCUUACGAAAGGAUGUUCAGGUUGGCAAUCGAGAUAUAACUGAAAUAUGGGAUGUCCCAGCUUUGUUACAAACUGUGCCUAAUUUGGGAGCGGUGAUCGACCUCACUAAUACAAGCCGCUAUUACAAUCCAAGGGAGUUGCAGGCAGCCGGAGUGCUCUACAAGAAAAUUUUAAUGCCAGGACGAAUAAUACCGCCGGAAAAUAAAGUAUAUGAAUUUAUGGACACCAUUGACGAGUUCCUGGGAAAAAAUCGCGAUUUCGUGGUCGGCGUGCACUGCACUCACGGACUGAACCGCACGGGGUACAUGGUGUGUCGGUAUAUGCGCGAUCGCCUACAUAUUGCCGCCAAAAAAGCUAUAAAAGAUUUCGAAAAAGCUCGCGGGUAUCAAAUUGAAAGAGACAACUAUAUAGCAGACCUCCUGGGGAAAACGCCUCCUCAGCCAGACAUAGGGAAUGAAACCACAAUAAGACCGCAUAAUGAUAGAAGAGACAGUAUGACUUAUAGAUCUCCACUAGCAGAAUAUGAACACGGUGAGAGUAGUAGAGGCUACGGUAAAAAUAGUUCAAGAUACGGACGAAGUAGUAGAAGAGACGAAAGGCGCGGCUCAGAAAGUUCAUAUGAUUAUAAGUACGAUUAUUAAUUUAUUAAUAUUUGCAAAGACUGAGACAUUUACUGAGUGUUUAAGAAGUGACAUAAUAAAAUUAUAAUGACGUUUCACAAAAUGUGAAUACAACAGUAAAGACAUACGCUCAGCGGUAAAUUUCGUUCUUGUGAAUAGAUAAAUCUGACCGAUAGUAUUUUUUGAUAAUUUUUGUUUAUUUAUUUUACUUUUUUUUGACAACACAUGUGGUAUUAAUUUUAGAAUAGCGUUUACCGAAAUCUUCGGCUGUUAUUAUCUGACUCUUUAAGACAACUUGUUUUGGUAUAUUACUUUUUUUCUGUCCUUUGUUGCAUCAUAUUAUUUUUUUCAAUGUCUUCGUUAAAAUUCUCUCAGUGUUUAAAUAUUGAAUAGCUUAAUGUGGCCUUCUUUUGGGACUUUUGUGACUUACGGCUCUGUCUAAAAAGUAAGGGAUAAAGAUGUAUAUUUGUGAAAAAAAUAUUGUUAUUUAUUAUACAUAUUAUAAAAUAACAGACGACGUGUGUUCCAAAUAAUAUUGCAUGUAAUAAAAAUUUUCAA